AAUAUUACGACUACUCAUUGAUGAUAAAAACCCGAAGCUGCUGUACAUUUUUUCGACAUAUUUCUGACUCGUUUGUGCACAAGCGCAAUGUUUCUGGUAGUGAUUCAGUACCUACAGGGCAUUCUACUUGGAGUGCGUUGUUAUAUUUUUGCCAACCCUGCUUGGCUUGCUUGAGAUUUGGCAACCCUUUGGUUGGUUGGAGUGGUUUGUUAGAGUUGCAAUUCUGCUGUUAGUUACUGUUUUUGUUAGCAAUUUGGCAACCCUGUUAUUUCGCAGACUGGAGUGAUUUAUAAGAGGCGUUACCUCUGCUGUUAGCUAGCUGGGGUUGUUUGUUAGCAAUUUGGCAACCGCCGAUUGGAGUGAUUUAUUAGAGAUGGCAACCCUGCUGUUAGCUAGUGGGAGUGGGUUGUUCGUGAUUUAGCAACACUAAGAUAGUUGGGAGUGAAGAAUUCCACAUGUGCUGUGGUAAAUAUCUAGUUUUUGAGAAGUUUUGAGAAGGAGACACCGGGCGCAGAUCCUGUUACCGAUCAUGGAUUAUGGGAGGCGGAGCGGCCGCAAUGAUCGCCUGGGACGCACGGAAAUCAAUGACCACGAUUACAGAGACGUGGACUACCGCGGAUACUCGCAGGACGGCGGAUAUAACGAAAGCGACGGUUUAAGUAAAGACAGGCAGCACGGACGCGGCGAAUUUGACGAAAACCGUUUCCGAGCGAGAGCAAACCGAGAGAGCGGAGACGCGCAGCGACGAGGCGGCGGCUUUUCGAAUUCCCACACACACCUCGAGCAGGAGGAGAGUGAGCAUCGUUUCGAGGACGAGCAGGACACGCGAGACUACGAACGCCCCAGACGCAGAACAGAGGACUGGAGGAGAGACGGAGGACAAGCCGAGGAGGAAAAAUACUCCAGAAGUGGUGGAUCACGAAGGCAGGCUGGAUGGAGGGAUGAGGAUGGAGAGAUGAGUUAUAGGACAGAGACGAGUGUGGAAAACUCUGAGCUGCGUGAUCAGGAUUACAGAGCUGAAGACCAGAAGCCAAGCAACAUCAUCAUGCUGAGGAUGCUCCCACCGGACGCUACCACCAACGAGAUCCGAGCCCUGCUCCAGGUCCAGGGGAUUCAGCCUCGUGAUGUUCGUCUGAUGAGGAACAAAUCCUCAGGUCAGAGCCGCGGAUUCGCCUUCGUCGAGUUUAAUCACUUGCAGGAGGCCAGCCGAUGGAUGGAGACCAACCAGAGAGUGCUCACAGUUCUGGGACACAGAGUGUCCAUGCACUAUAGUGACCCAAAGCCACGCGCUAAUGAGGACUGGCUAUGUAACAAGUGUGGAGUCCAGAACUUCAAGCGACGGGAGAAAUGUUUCAAAUGUGGCAUUCCAAAAUCAGAUGCUGAGCACAAGCUGCCCAUGCUGCAAAAAGAUUUACCUGCGAGGCAGUCAAAGGACUCAACACAGGGCUUACUGCCUCUUCCUGCCAUCUAUCAGACUGCCACUCCUCUACAAAACAUGUCUGCUUCCUCACAGAGCGCAGAGGCAGCAAAUGACACUCUAAUCCUCAGGAAUCUUGGACCUCACACCACAUUGGAGGCCAUUUUGUCGUCUCUUGCACCGUUCGCUACACUCUCUUCCUCCAACAUUCGGCUCAUUAAAGACAAACAGACGCAGCUGAAUCGCGGAUUCGCCUUCGUACAGCUCACAACCAUCGUGGAAGCAUCUCAGCUGCUGCAGAUCCUUCAGGCUCUUCAGCCUCCUCUGUCCAUCGAUGGAAAGAGUGUAACUGUGGAGUUUGCCAAGGGCUCGAAACGAGAAGUGUGUGUGACUGACAGCAGUCGUGUGAAUGCAGCUACAGUAGCGAGUACAGCCAUUGCUGCAGCACAGUGGGCGGUUUCCCAGCUUUCUGCAGGAGGAGAUGUGAGCGUGUACCAGCAGGGGGCAGCAGCACCUGUAUUCACACAGCAGAGACCAGAAGGAAUUGCUGCAGAGGCAGUCAUCUAUCAAGGGGCAGGGGCUGUUAUCGGGACAGGCCCCAUAACAAAUUCUGCCCCAGGAUUAAUAGGUGCCUUCGAAGGGGGGAGCGUGACUACAGCUGCUCUGGUUCCCACGGUAACCGAAGGUGCUGCUAUUAGUGCUGCCCUCACACAGGUUCAGUCACAAGUUGUCAGUGCACGACCAAACCAGGUUGAGCUUGUUGGAAAGCCACAGCCUGCCACCCCAGGAACAGCAUUUGAGCGCCAACAGUACCCUGAUCCUGAUGUUUCCACAUAUCAGUAUGAUGAAAGCUCAGGUUAUUACUAUGAUCCUCUGACUGGGCUUUAUUAUGAUCCCAAUUCCCAGUAUUAUUAUAAUGCUCACACUCAGCAGUACAUGUACUGGGACGGAGAGAAGCACACCUACGUUCCCGCUCCUAAUGAUCAAGGAGGAGAUCCUGCAUCCUUGGCAACGAGCUCUGACCUCUGCACUUCGAUGAAGGACAAGAAGGAGAAACCCAAAACCAAGACGGCGCAGCAGAUUGCUAAAGACAUGGAGCGCUGGGCUAAAAGUAUGAACAGGCAAAAGGAAAGCAUUCGCUCGGCCUCCUCCGCUCUCACACAGGCUCGACUCGCAGACGAGCGACGGGAAUCUGCCAGCGCCGACGCCGGAUACGCCAUUCUGGAGAAGAAGGGUGCUCUGUCAGAGCGACUGCAGAUUCUGGCAGAGCACAUACAACAUGCUGAAGAAAGAGAGAGUCCUCCUUCUCAGACUUCAGCACCAGUGUACAGAGGGGAGUCUGAAGCAGAGGAUGUGGGAGGAGGAGAGAGGGAUGAGAGGAUGACUGACUGGGCUAAACUGGCAUGUUUACUCUGCAGGAGACAGUUUCCCAGUAAAGAGGCUUUGAUCAGACACCAGCAGCUCUCAGAGCUCCAUAAGCAAAAUCUCGAGCAGAGAAGAGCCCGACAGACCCUGCAGGACAGCAUGGAGCGGCAGAUGAAAUACAGGAGUGACACGCCAGAUGCCAAAAAGAGGAAAUACAGCCCUAUGUGACCACACACACACUUGAUCUCACACACUCACUCAUUAUCUGGGUCAAAAUCAUGCCACAAGGAAGCAAGAAAGCAUAGCACACUGAGUGUUCAGACAUAUUCCGAUCUACCCCCCCCCCCCCUUUUUUUUUCUUUCUCUCCCACCAGAUUAUUUUCUCACACACUUCAACACUACAUCUCUCUUAGCAUUUAUUAAUACAUUCUUUGCUAAUAAGAAUACAUUGAGGAAAAUGCUGUGUGUGUUUGAUAACUGGGAAAAAAAACCCCACUUUCACCACAGUGUGGUGUGUUAAAAAAAUCUCCAUUUAUUUUUUUGAAGAAAAAAAAUUAACUGACAAAAGUCGAAGGAGAUAUUUUAGAUUUUAUUUUUAUUUUUUUUACACUUCAUAAAUCAUAGCUCUCUCAUCGACAGUGUGAAUAAGAAGGUGAUUAGUUUGGUGAUUUAUUUGUCCGCUAUAACGGAAAGGAAACUUUAUAAUGCCAAUUAAAUGCCAUAUAAAGGUUUCUUUUUUUUUUUUUUUUUUUUUUUUUAAAGAAACCAUAGCAAUAUAGGACCCGAAUGUGAUGUCAGUACCUGCGAAUGGAAUAGAACAACACUGUCAGAUCGUGACAUGGUGUGAAUUUCUUCCGUAGUGUGUGUAAAUAUUUCCACAGGAUCUAUGCAGAUGUGGUAUAUAGACAUUUUGGUGAAAAAUGAACCGUAGCAUUGCUUGAUCUCUA